CCUUGGCCUUCGAAGUAAAGGAUGAUGGAGCUUGACAGAGAUGACUGCCAAAGUGAUGAGUCCACCGUGGAAGAUGUAGAUGACGCCACGUAUUCACUUGGUGACCUGAGUUGUGGGGAUGUUCAGCUGUGGGCUACAGAUCGAUGUAAGAGUGGUAGUGCCAUCAUGGUGUACAGGCCUAUGGAAGGUGCAGUGAUCCAUGGAAUUUGCAAACUGCUGACAAUGAGACAGGCGAGUGUUACUGAGGCGACGGAGUCAUUCCUGCAUGUUAUUAUGACACGGUUACACAAGGCAUCAGGUACUGCAAAUCUGCUACGCCAGGAAGUGUGCCAGCUGAAGGCAUGCAAGGGUGCUGAUAUUUCGCAAGCAUGGCAACAAAUGCUGUCCGUCAUCGCAACAGCUAUUCCCGAAGUGAAAAUCAAUUGUGAAGAUUUGGAAGUUACAUCUGCAGUGCUAGCGAAUCUGAUAAGCUACCUGCAUGCCACGGCUGCCGCUGCUAUCAGGAAAGCGUCAAUAGCACCAUCCAAAGCUGCUGAAGCCACCCCCGAACCGGUGAUUGACAAUUUGUCUCACCUUGCUGAAAAGUACCAUGGUAGUUGGUGCUUGGUGGCCGUGCGGCGUGAGCUGGAAGGAGCAAGGUGUCGCAACGACAACUUGCUGCAGCUUAUACCUUUAUUUGGCAAGGAUGCCGUGACAAGCCUUCAGCCUUGUUUGGAGAAUUCAGGUGGCCCGGCGUGGCUCGGAAGCUCUGUAUAAGACACCAUACGUCACAGAUAAAAACAACUGAACCAGUGAUAUGUGAAUUUUGCGCUUGUGUGUGUGUGUGUGUGUGUGUGUGUGUGUGUGUGUGUGUGUGUGUGUGUGUGUGUGUGCUUCUGUGAUAAGUGGUAUAAGCAGUCCACAGGGUAUUCACCUUGAGUGCAUUCGCCGAUAGUGUGACUUUCGUCGCACAGAACCUUCUUCAGUUGGUCAGGUGACUCGGCGUGGCUCGGAAGCUCUGUAUAAGACAAAAUACGACACAGAUAAAAACAACUGAACCAGUGA